AUGACAAGCGCCAUCCGUCGACUCCUCUUGCCAUGCUUUUGCCCCGCCACCGUCUCCGAUGGCGGCGCAACCGCCGUCACCACCACCAAGAAACGCCUGAGCACCUCGCUGCGCGACGACAACCCCCAAGACCCAAACGACAACGACCAAGAUUCCUCUCCAUCUCCUUCCUCAUCCCCGACUGCGGACUCCAUCUUCUUCUUCUUCCCGCCUUCCUCCGCCGCCCCGGCGCAACCCCGGCCGUCGAAGUCAAUGGUGAUUGGGACAAUCUUCGGCGCCCGCCGCGGCCACGUCUGGUUCUGCAUCCAGCAUGACCGCCUCUCGUCAAAACCCCUCAUUCUGCUCGAGUUCCCGAUCGUCACUCACCAGCUCGUCAACGAGAUGCGAUUCGGCAUCGUGCGGAUCGCCCUCGAGUGCGAUCGGUCGGAUCUCGGGGCGUGCCCGCUCCGAUCGGUGCCGGUCUGGACGAUGUUCUGCAACGGCCGGCAAUUAGGUUUCGCGGCGAGGAGGAGGGCGAGCGAUUGGGUCAAAUUGAUGCUGAAGACGAUGAGCUCCACGACGGUUGGAGCCGGUGUCAUGCCGAUUAGGUCCGGGCUCGAAUUGGGAUCGGCUUCGGAAGAAGUGAUGUACAUGAGAGCUAAUUACGAGCACAUGGUGGGGAGUGCUGAUUCCGAGUCGUUUUACCUGAUUAACCCGGACGAAUGUCCGAGUCAAGAACUCAGUGUCUUCUUGCUCAGAUCCGGGAAUGGGGUUUGUCGUUAA